AUGAAGCGCGGAGAUACGACCCCUCGUCCGCGUCGUGGUCCGGGGCGACCACGGAAGCAGCCUAUCGAGUCAGUGGAGGCCGAGCCAGCGGAGUACGAGGCGCAUUCUGUUAGGGAUCCUACAGAGGUCGAGAUUGAUAGUAGUAGGCAGACUCCUCAGGUUCCUAUGAGAGAUCCGGGUUUUCAGCCUCAGGUGGUUUCUCCUAUAUUACCCCCAGUUAUCCCCACUCCGGUUGCUACUCCUUGGGAAAAAGCUGAAUUAGCCGCGUACCACCUACGGGAUCAGGCUGUUACUUGGUGGAAGAUGCAGAAGACACUUUUCGGAGAUCGGAGUAUUACCUGGACUUUAUUCCGAGAUGCAUUCGAGAGACAGUAUUUCCCAGCUCCUUAUCGUAUGGCCCGUCGACAGGAAUUCUUACAUCUGAAGCAGGGGGAUAGAUCUGUGAUGGAAUAUGAUGCAGAAUUUAACCGGUUAGCUGAGUAUUGCCCUCAUUUAGUUGCCCAGGAGAGUGAUCGGUUAGAUCAGUUCACUCAGGGUCUUGCAGUAUAUAUCCGUAUCAGGAUGUCUGGCUUCACUCCUAGUACGUACCGGGAGGCGUUGGAUAGAGCUUUGAUGAUUGAGAUGACACAACAGCAAAUUUCCCUAGAAAAAGGAAAGGAUAAGCAAAAUGCCCAGGGUACGACUCCAACACAGAAACAACAGAACCAAGGUCAGAAGAAACGGAAGAAAUGGCAGGGAUCCCGGGCUACUUCAGGGGAGUCCUAUCGAUCAUCAAAGACAGGACGAUCAUCUGCUGGUUCUUCUAGACCUCCUCAGAAGGACUCUUCGGGUGGACUUAGAUGUUUUAGAUGUGGUGUUGAGGGCCAUGCUAAACCUGACUGCCCAUUGAGCCAAGAUAUAUGUUACUACUGCAAGCUUCCGGGGCAUGUGAGCCGCGAUUGUACUCUGAAGGCUCAGCUGCAGGCUGCCAAGGUUACUGCUCAAGGAAGUCAUAAUACCCAGACUCGACGGUCGAAGGGACCGCAGAAGACGCAGAGCACUCCACAUCAGCAGAGUAUACCACCUCCUCAGGCAUAG